AUGGAUUAUGAAGCCGUGGUAGAAAAUCUUUACCUGGCAGCUCCACUGGAAGAAAUCGUUGACUUGGAAACUGCGGCACUAACCUGCGUCCGGGCAACUGACGUACUGGCGGCAAUGGAGUUUACAGUGCAGCAAAAACUGCAUUCGUGGGUGGCGUGGCUUAACACGGAGAAAGGUGUUGCCCCCAGCCGCUCCAUGAUGGUAGCCUACGCCAUGGACAACAUUCCCUCGGCAGCGCUCGACGAGCUUCGGGCUGGCUUGGUGCAGCGUUUGAAUGGUUCUUCCCGUGCUCAGCGCAAAUGGUUGGCUCGCUUCAGGCGACAGUGGCAAUGUCGUGUGGGACGCUUGCCAGUUGAAGAUGUGGUGACAGCCUUUUGGCAAUGGAUUAAUUUUGCUUGGGCUGAAGCUGAAGAGGCCAAGGAGACACCUUUGGUUUUGAACGCGGAUGAAACCUGCAUCGCUUGGGUGAAAGGCCUUUCUGGCACGGUUGUGAAAACGACUCAAGCUCGCGGUGCUGCAGAUAGAGCCAGCUUGGCGCAGCGUCGAAGCAACUUCACGUUGCUGGCGUGCAUUUGCGCAGAGUCAAAGAUACAACCGCUACUACCGCAGUUUAUCUUGGUCAAUGAGCGCCAGAUGACCAUGAAGGAGUUGGCAAUUGUGAAAGGUCUGCAACCACCUCAAACAUAUGGUUUGCGAGGGCAAAGUGCUUGGUGCAGUCACGGAUUGCUCCGGCGUUUCCUCACUGCGUUGGCAACCAGCCUUGAACCUGUUUCCCACGGAAGAUACAUUAUCUUGCUGCUGGACUGCGCAGCGUGCCACCUACACGACAGCAUUCGCAGCCACGCGGCGCGAUUGAAGAUCCGGUUGAUUUUUGUGCCAGCAGGUGCUACGAAGUAUUUGCAGCCCUGCGAUUUGAAACUUUUUGCAGCUCUAAAGCAUACGCUACGCGAAGUGUGGCGUGAGCGAAAGGGCGGCUCCGUUCUCGGAACACGGAGCAUGGAGUUCCGUAUGUCCGUUCUGUUCGAUGCCAUGAUGCGUGUCUUGCCAUGCCGCUCAUGGAGGUCUGCUUUUGAGAUGGCUGGAGCACUUGGUAGACAGACAGAGGUCAACGGACCUUUGCUGCGAGCACUGGAGUGGGAGCAAGCUCCUACAUUGUGCAGGUUGCCACCUUCGCUCAAAGAUGCAUCCAGCAUUUUUCCUUGCAGGCGUCGCUUGAACGUAAGCGACUAUAUCUACUGGCACAAGAACCGGGGUCAGUGCUUGAAGGCCGGGGGAAAUCUGCGGCUCCUGGGAUCUGCUUGUGGCAGCGAGGCCGAGCCCGACCAGAUGCUGGAGGCCGUGGAUCUGGGCUCGCUCCUCUGGGACGAGUUCAAGGCUGGAGCAAACGUGCCCGGCAAGUCCCACAGCGGGCUUCAGAAUCGUGGUUCGGCUCCGACAACCUUGCGAAGCUUCCAGCUGGAUGCCAGCUGUGGCGAGCACGUCGUGGACUCGAUUGGGUUCACGAGCAACAGCCACCUUGGCAUGUCGGCUACGUGCACUGCUGCAAGCACCUACGGUGCCGCAGUGGAGAAGACGCUACCUCUGCCGGGAUCUAUCACGAUUACCAGCGAAAGCGAGGGGACUUGCAUGAGCAUUCACCGCAUCAUCCCAUGGCACCUGACCGUCCGCGAGGGGAGCAAGUGCUUGGAUUACAACACGCACGACUCGAACGUGUACAUGCACCAUUGCCACCACGGCCUCAAUCAACAGUGGUACAUGCUCGAUGGGAACAUCAUCUCCCUUCAUGAUCACAAAUGCUUGGAUGCCCACCUUGGCACGAAGAAUGUCUACAUGCACGAGUGCCACGACGGCGCGAACCAGAAGUGGUACUGGGAUGAGGACACGGCUCAGAUUCGAAGCGAGCACGACCACAGGUGUUUGGACAUGACCUUGGAUGGCUCCCACAACAUCUACAUCCACACUUGCCACACGGGAAACAAUCAGAAAUUCGAUCGAAACGAGUAUGCCGCGAACGCCUUCACGAUGGCUUUGCACUUGGAAUGUAGUGAGUCGGCGAACGAAGAGAUCACCGUGGAGCCCAUCGGGGGAGAACCGAAGUUCCGGCUCAGGCGCAGCCCGCACACGCUUCCUGGAGACUUCCGAUGGGACAACAACAACAAGAAGAUCAUCAAUGCCGGCAAUGGCAAAUGCCUCGAAGCGCGUGGCCGCGGACGUGUGGACGAGGUCUCCUGCACCCAGCGUAUCGAGCAGGAGUGGGCCAUGUCCCACGGGCUUCCUGGCUUCGUGGAUGCGCCGAUCACAUGUCCAGGAGAUCAGGUCAUCAGCUACGUGAAGAAGACCAGCGGCGAGGUGAAGUAUCGCUGCAGCCACGUCUCUUCCUUGGGUGCUUGCUCACCGCACUUCUCCCAGCAAGUGGAGACCACGUCCUCAGACAUUGAGCACAACAAGGCAUUGCGCAAGCUCGGAGCUUUCUGUCCUCCUGGCGAGGGUCUGAAGAGCAUUGAAGCGGAGGCAUCAGACAAAGGCACCUGGAUUCGCUUGCGCUACGAGUGUUGCCAGAUCAGUCGUGUUCCGGUCUCGAUCUACCCCUACCUCACGGGCGGAGCACGGCGGGCCUUCGACGGCGACAUGGCCCAGGGAUGGGAAGGUGUCUACUGCCCCAGCACCCGCGAUGACAGUGGCCGGAUGUCGUUCUCACAGAGGAGGAGUUUCCGGCCGGGUCAUGGGGCAGAUAAGACCCUGACUUAUGACAAGCAUCAUGGAAAGUGGUGCGUCUCUGGCAAGGACUGCGCCCACUCCGACGUGGUGCACCCAUUGGACACGUCGCUGCACUCGGAAGAGUGGUACGUCGUGCCUGUCAGCGACUUCGACGCCAUCUUCGAGGCCAAGGGCGCCAAGCCCCUCGCCACUGCGAAGAAGAAGAAGCCGCCUCCGAUGAUCAAGUUCGGGGCUUCGGAUCCCGACUACCUUCCGGAGUGCAAGGACGAGUCGCACCCGGGCACCCGGAAGUUCAAGCUCGCAGAGAUGAACAAAGAGGCCAAGAAUUUGGACGACGAGAAUCCGUGCAAGAAUGUCUACGGGGUGCCGCCUACAAACCAGAAGAUGGACAAUGCGGACGGCAUGACCGGCUGGAUAAAUGACCUGACGGGCAACAUCGGGCCCGGCCAGGGCGGAGUGACCUACAAGUCCGUGAAAGAGUGCAGUGACCGUGACAUCGUCCGGGACCUCCAGAUGGCAAAGUGGAACAAGGCGCACUUUGACUCGACGCUGCCCAUGGACUUCCUCAAGGAUAUGCUGGCCGGCUACGCUGAUGGAGUGCCGGAUGUUGAGGCCUUGGAGGCGAUGCUCAUUGGCAUCUGCAUCGCUUGCUUCUGUCUGGACGGCAGCUCGAAUGAGGAGGAAUCCGUCCGUGCACUGACUGUGGAAGAUGCGACGAACCUCAUCUUCUGCUUGGAAUACCUCUCCCGCGCCUGGGCCAACGGGUUCAGCAUGAGGUGGUUCUUCAAAGGCUCCUCCGUCAUUGACCUGCUGUCCUGCCUUCCCAUUGUGGAGAAGGUGGCGUCCCUGGAUCCCUCUUCGGAGAUGAGCCUCGAGCUGACUCUGCUCCGAUCCGUUCGCUUCCUGCGGAUUUUUCGGCUGCUGAAGUCCACGGCCAUGGUGGAGGAUCGGAACGGCCGGAAGCGCAGGUCCCUGAGCCUCUCGGUGAUGCGGAUUCUGGUCUCCGCCGUGGGCACCCUCUCUAUUUCCGCGGGUCUGCUCUGGAGGGUGGAGGGUAAAAAUGGGAUCAACCCCUCUAUCAACUCCUUCGGUGACGCCUGCUUCUACAUGCUCAACGUCUUCACAUCCCAGGGAGCGCCCUUUCCUGUGAUGAGCACGCAAGGCAGGUUCGUGACAGCAGCUGCCAUCCUCAUAGGAGUGCUCUCGCUGCCCGUGCAAGUCUCGGAGCUCCUCUCACUCUUGCGCAGCAUGAAGCAAGAGGAGGAGCGCGAAAGGGUCAACAGCAUCGACAGCUGCAUCGUUCUCGCCAGUGGCUCCUCCGCAGCUGCCGUGGCGGCCGUGGCGGUGGAAGAAGCGCCCUCCGAAAAACUGGACCCUGAGUUCACGGUGCCCACGCCCACCGCGGACAGCCUUGGCAGCAGCGCAUCUGGCUUCCUUAGCAUCUCUGUCGAAGACUUCUGCCGGGAGGCUGGGGUGGAGAGCACAGCCCUAGGCGUCCCGAUUCUGGACGCAGACGUUGGGGAUUUCUUCACCGUCCUGGAGGACGUUUCCACGGCUGAGCACGUCGUGCCGGAGCCCCGAUCCCGGGUGAAGCUCCUCGCAGCGCUAGUGCGCCGGAAGAGGCUCUACAAAUCCGACAUGCGCGCGAAGAGCCCGAGCGGCUAA